AUGUCUCGUCUAUUCACCCCACGAAACGUUGCCAUUGGAGGUGCUGCAGCCGGCGCUGUGCUGUACUUCUGGCCCAAGUCGAGCAAACCAAUCGAGACAUUCGCCACACAGAACGUCGCGAACAGAAUGUCCGCGGGUGGAGCGACACAUACCCAUACUCCAGCAGUCGCCACACCACGAGGGAAGUCAGACCAGACAGUCUCGCCGCAAACCAACCCAACCGGCAUCGACACGCCGCAUUUCGUCAAUAAUGUCGCCGAUCAGAAAGCGCACGACCAAGCAGGACCUAAGAAGGCGCUCAACCAGGCCGUGUACGGCCAAGACAAGGGAAAGUGA